AAUUAGGACUAGAAGGAAAAUUAUCACAAUUUUGUAAAAAAGAAGAUUAUCGAUAUAUUGUCCAUAUAGAUCUGAAAUCUGAUUUAUUGACGCCUGGGAAGAAAUAUUAUGAUCGCGUUAAAUGGUGCUUUUCCAACAAUUUACAGCCUAUGUCGGUUAUUUUGGCUUGGAUUCCAAAUGAAAAAUCAAUUUGUCCAUCAUCCAUUGCAAGUUAUUUUGAUUCAUUAAAAUAUAAAGUUCAUUUAGGCCAACCAAAAUUUGAAUCUAGAACUAAUUAUAGCGUGCAAGUUCCAAUACUUGAUAUAAGCUCAAAUGUGAAAUAUUGUACAAAUGCUGAAUUAUUAGAAUGGAUAGGAAUUCAUAGCAUAGGUGCUAGUUUAGACAUGGAAAACUAUGAUUACUUAUCAAGCUAUCAAAUUCCGGAACAGAAUACCACAUUUGGCCAAGUAUUGUAUUUAAAAGCUACAGGAUUUUACUCAGCAUCACAGGUUUUAGAAAUAUUUGAUGCAAUUAGAUCAUAUUCAUCAUCCCGUCCACAUUUACCUUGGAUAUCAUUACAUGUUCAAGGCUUUCACGAUAGCCCAGUAAGCUGGGGAUUAAAAGAACACCAAUUUUACACAAGUGGGGAUAAUUCUUACACAAUCGUCAUCAAACCAGAUGACCAAUUUAUUUUACAGACAAUUAUAAGUUCAAAUAAAAGACCUAAAUAA